CAUAUACUUCAUACACACAAAGAUAGAAAGAUGGCCGGGCUGCAACAUGAAACACGAGUUAUUGGAGGGAGCAACCGUAUUUCGGCUGUUGAUCUAGGUGACAAUACUCCUGUUCAUAACACUAAAGACAAUGAUCACAAAUACACAGACAAUGAUCAGAAUCUUCAGAAACCUGGAUGGAAAAAAUUUAUCUCCUUUGUCGGUCCCGGUUUCCUAGUUUCACUGGCCUAUCUUGAUCCUGGCAACAUGGAAACCGAUUUACAAGCAGGAGCAAACCACCGAUACGAGCUACUUUGGAUCAUUUUGAUCGGGUUAAUCUUUGCACUCGUCAUUCAGUCUCUAGCGGCCAAUCUUGGUGUAAGCACCGGGAAACAUUUAUCAGAGUUAUGCAAGGCUGAAUAUCCCAUUGUUGUUAAAUACUGCCUGUGGCUGCUAGCAGAGCUUGCAGUUAUUGCAGCAGAUAUUCCAGAAGUGAUUGGGACAGCUUUUGGCUUGAAUAUCUUAUUCAAGAUUCCUGUUUGGGUGGGAGUUCUUCUCACUGGUUUAAGCACCCUCCUGCUCCUUGCCCUCCAAAAAUAUGGUGUGAGGAAGCUUGAAAUAUUGAUAGCCAUUCUGGUUUUUGUGAUGGCUGGCUGUUUCUUUGGUGAAAUGAGCUAUGUGAGACCACCAGCAGGUGAAGUGCUAAAGGGAAUGUUUAUUCCUAAACUUAGUGGCCAGGGGGCAACUGGUGAUGCCAUCGCACUACUUGGUGCCCUUGUUAUGCCGCAUAAUCUCUUUCUUCAUUCGGCUCUAGUUCUUUCUCGGAAGAUACCCAAUUCAGUUCGUGGCAUCAAUGAUGCAUGUAGAUACUUUCUUAUUGAGAGUGGUAUAGCUCUCUUUGUAGCAUUUUUGAUCAAUGUCUCAAUGAUUUCUGUUUCUGGCACUGUCUGCUCAGCCAAAAACCUAUCAAGUGACGAAAUGGAUCGUUGCAGUGAUCUUAACCUUAACUCAGCAUCCUUUCUUCUAAAAAAUGUUUUGGGGAAGUCUAGCUCCACUCUUUAUGGAAUUGCGCUACUAGCUUCUGGCCAGAGUUCAACAAUCACCGGCACUUAUGCUGGUCAAUUUAUUAUGCAGGGUUUCUUGGACUUAAAGAUGAGAAAGUGGCUCAGGAACCUAAUGACAAGGUGCAUUGCCAUCACACCAAGUCUAAUUGUGUCAAUAAUUGGUGGGUCAGCAGGAGCUGGAAGACUUAUUGUCAUAGCAUCGAUGAUACUGUCAUUCGAGCUUCCAUUUGCACUCAUUCCACUCCUCAAGUUCAGUAGCUCAGCCACCAAAAUGGGUCCUCACAAAAACUCAAGAAUUAUCAUUGUCUUCUCAUGGGUACUAGGACUUUGCAUAAUCGGUAUCAACAUUUACUACCUGAUAACAGCAUUUGUGGGUUGGCUAAUCCAUAGCAGUUUGCCAAAAGUUGCAAAUGUCUUCAUUGGGAUAAUAGUGUUCCCGGCCAUGGCUAUCUACAUUCUCUCUGUGAUCUAUCUUAUGUUUCGCAAAGACGUGGUGGUCACAUUCAUUGAACCGGAAAAGGUUGAUCUGAACGCUCAAAUUAGCUUGGAAAAUGGACAUGGUGUUGAUAAAAGAAGGGAGUUGACAAACGCUCCAUACAGAGAAGAUCUUGCUGAUAUCCCAUUGCCAGAAUAGUGAAACCAACCGAAAUGUUUAAGGCGAGGACUUUUAAUUUGCAAUUGUAUUCCGAAUAAGUGUUAAGUUUGGGUAUCAUGUAAGCGUCUCUUCCAAAUUGUUGAUAUUUUAAUAUAUUAUGGAGUGAAUCUAGAAAGUAAAACAACUAUGGCAAACACAUAUUGUUAUAAGUAAUUCCAGUUCUAUGUAGCAAGUGGGAUGUUUGAAGAAGUCUAAGUCAAGAAAAAUGAGUUUACUGGUUUUUAGAUAA